AUGCAGGUGCAUUCACACUGAGACUAACUAGUUACUUAGCAACAUGGAAAUACUGCUAAGUAGGCAAUAUUCACUGGACCUGAAUGACCCUACCUCUCUUCCAGUAAACUCAGGCUAAUUAGCUCCACUGCAGAAAUGGAGGCUGCAGGAGGAGAGGAGAGUCCAGAUGUGCAGGGGGCAGCUGCGGCAGCAGAACCAAGCUUUUCUAGGUCUAGAGCGACCUCCGUGAAGCCAGUUUGGGCUUCACUAGAAGAAGCAGCCCAAAUGAAAACAGAAGGGAACGCUUUCUAUCGGGAGAAGAACAUCCGUUCAGCCAUCGGCCGUUAUCACCGUGCUCUGUUGGUCCUCCGAGGCCUGGACUCUGAUGUGAUGGCGUCAGUGAAAGGGUUUGGACCUGAGAUGCCUGCUCUCACAUCUGAACAGGAAGAGUUACUGAGAAACACACAAGUGGACUGCUACAACAACUUAGCUGCCUGUUUGCUGCAGAGACAGAGUGUUGAUUAUGCUCGUGUCCGGGAGUACAGCCUGCGGGUUCUGCAGUGGCGACCAGGUGAUGUCAAAGCACUGUACAGGGCAGGAGUGGCCACACUGGAGCUGGGAGAUGCACAGACAGCCAAACAGUACCUCACCCAGGCCUGCAGGGAGCAGCCUAAUGAUGCCAACGUCCGGAAGCACCUGCAGAGGGCUGAGGAGAAGCUGAAUCGGGAGUUACAAAAGGAGAAGGCCAUGUACCGUGAGAUGUUUUCUUCCAGCCUGAAGGGCAGGUCUGGAGAAGGGAUUAACCAAACCAACACAGCUGGUGAGGGAGUUUAGCCAAACAGCACAACCCACCAAAAUGAAGUCUCAGCCUAAGAGAGACUUUGUUCAGCCUCAGCUGGUCCCCAACCAAUUGAAGAAUGUUCACAGACCUAAUGUUACUGUGUCUUCUCUGGGUGAUUAUGAGGUGAGAAAGUAAAAAGGACGCUGCUGAAAAUAGAAAGGAGAGGACAGAAAAGUUUGUUUCCUAGCAACAGGAAAAGCUUUUUUUUUUUUUUUUUUAGCUCAAGAGAGCUGGAGUUUGGAUAUUUCACAAAGAUGCUUCUGACGGCUACCGUGAGACUCUUCAUGUGCUACUCAAAGUCCUGAUAAUGCCUUUAUGAUUGCAGUUGUCUGGUCAGUGUUGAUUUUGUGAGUUUUCAAGUAAAAUAUUUUGUAUAAUGAA